UAUAGUUUUAGUGUAGGGUUUCAGUACAUAAGCACCUGCGAUGGUGUGGUAUUUUGAUAAUGUAAGAAUAUAUUCUGCCAAAGACAAACACUUCCGAAAAGAAUCAAUGUCAAGGACAAAAUAUUCACUCCAAUCGGCAGCAUACCUUUGUUGCUCCAUAUACCUCGUGUUUCAAUUUUUACCAACAUGCUACGCAGGACAGCAUUCUAGCUCUGUGAACACUUUUUAUGCAGAAGAUCUCGACUUUUAUAACUCUUUAGCGUUGCAAGAAACGCACUCUGACAAUGUUUUGUCAUCGCGUGACGACAAAAUGUACAAACUUUUGCGGAAACGAAACACUCAUAUUUCCACGGAAGAAAGUAAAAAAGACCGAGUUAACAAUCCUGAGGAGCUCCCAAGAGGUCUUUCUCGUCCUGUAAUGUACCGAUGGUUUCCCCAGCACCUCGGAUCACCCACCGAUCAUCCUGAUGAAUAUGGAGAUAGUGCAGAUUUAGAAACUGAAGCAAGUCCAUUUGAUAACGAGGAAUACACAAUGCCGAUAAACUUGUCACAGAUGGAAGCUGUUUUUCACGACCCAAUGUUAACGGAAUUGGAAGACGCAGGUCAGCCAGAAGAUGAAUCGAUUGACGAAGCUCCUUUAGAAACCCUGAAAAAAACAUUGAGAAUGCGACGCGAUCUUAAUUCCUGGCGUCAAGUGAGGAGACAAAAUUUGGAAAUUAUGAGACAACGUAAAGCUAUUUUAGCCAACCAAAGAAGAAUCCGAACAUCUACAACACCAAAGCCUAAACCACGGACAACACUAAAACCCCCGACAAAACGGCGUUCCUGGAAGAAAAAUCCUUCGGCUAAAAAAACGAAACCUGGUAAAUCUAAACCACAAGCAAGAGGGGGUGGUCCAGUUACAUCUACCCAAAGAAAUCGUCCGACUCCAAUUAUUACAGAUUCACGUAAUGUAAAAAGGAUAUCUUCAUCAACUCCAACAACAGGAUUACCUGCUACCACUCAUCAAUCUGACAUAACCAACUCAGGAAAUAAAAAUGCAACUACCUCAUUCACGAACGUUGCAAAAACAUCACCAAACAAUUCAAUAUAUUCAUCUCAAGCAAAACCGUCGACCACACAACGGCCAAAAAUGCGAACAACCGCAGCGACAAAAUCAAACUACAAGACUUUUGCCUCAAAUAAAAAAAAGAAUUUGUCUGGACCCACAAAAAAGUCCUCGUCCAAAGUUUCAACAAACCGAAAAAACUCGUCCUGGCAACAAAGAAAAAAUUUGCCAAAGCCGAAAUUUAGCAUGAAAUCAUCCGAAUCAUUAACGGUGGUGAAACCAGUCAUUUUACAGAAUGGUAAAAAGAUGACUAAAACCAUAACAAGACCGUUACGACCAAAGUUAUACGAUUCUCCGCGACCCCGAAAUAGUCGAUCCAGGGUCACAUUUUCAAAAUGGGGUCAGUGGAUGUCUUGCAAAGCAAAAUCAUGUGGAGCUACUGGGAGACAAAUGAGAACAAGAACUUGCUUUGGAAAUAAUUUAACUGCUGCCGAUUACGCAAUUUGUAAUUAUGAUUCUCUAGUUGAUCAUCAACCGUGUCAAGCAAGUCCAUGUACAACUAGUAAAGUUGAGACAAAGGCAACACCGCCAUCAUCAAGAAUCACUCGCUGGUCAGAAUGGAGUAAAUGCAGCGUGACUUGUGGUACGAACGGUGAGCAGACAAGAACGAGGAUAUGCUAUGAGUUAUCUCCCGUCGAUCAUGAUAUGGUGACAAUACCAUGUGAAGGCAAAACUCUAGAAUCUAGACCUUGCCAAUAUUCUGUUAGUUGUCCUAUGUGGGACGAGUGGAGUAGAUGGAGUAGUUGUUCAAAGACAUGUGGAAACGAUGGUGUUUCAUUUAGAGAACGAAAGUGCAUAGUUGAAAGAUACGUGUCUUUUGAUGUAAAGGCAAGCGGUGGUCAGCAAAGACCCAAUAAUAACCGACAGUUUGAUUCUGGUUUACAAAGGAAAAGGCCGAAUCUACAGGAAUCAAAUAAAAAUAAGAAGGCGGUGGUUAAACCACGACAUGGGGCAGUUGCAAAACCUAAAAAGGCACCAACGUCAAACGGAAAACUCUUCCUCAAUGACGAAGGCAAAGAAGUGUUUGUCGUUGAUGCACCACAGCAAACAUUAGAUGACGAACAGACGACAUCUCCUCCGAGACCCGGUUUCCAUCAGAGUCAGCCAGUGAAAGAAUUUGUUGACUCGAAUUUGUGCCCCGAAGAGGGAUCAUCGGAAGAGGAAAGAAGAUGUGUUCUGCAACGGUGCCCAGCUGAAUGGGGCGAGUGGUCAUCGUGGUCAAGAUGUGGUACGACUUGUGGCUCAGGAAUAAGCAGACGAGAGAGGAUUUGUAGCGGGGAAUCAUUUUUCUUUCCAACUACUUGCACUGGAAGGAAAUUUAUGUAUCGUCGAUGUUAUGCUCCUCCCUGCUGGGGUGCUUGGUCACCCUACAGUAGAUGCUCGAUUACAUGCGGAGAUAAACCGGGAAGCAGACAGAGAACAAGAGAAUGUAGGGGAACAUCAACAAUCGUGCCUGAAUAUACAUUUUGUGAAGGAGAAAAGGUUGACAAGAUUGAAUGUGAAACAGAGACUUGCUCUGACAGUUCUUGGAGUAAAUGGUCAGAAUAUGAAGAAUGCUCAGCAUCAUGUAACGGCGGAUACAGAAGAAGAACCCGGACAUGCCUUGAUCAUCAGUCAUGUGACGGACCUACAGAAGACUUUGGACGUUGUAAUAUACAGGAAUGUCCAUCUUGGUCAAAAUGGUCAAUGUUUUCUUGCUGUUCUGUGACAUGCGGUAAAGGUACGAGACGUCGAACAAGGACUUGUGAAAACGGAGAUAUUGGAGUGACAGGAUGCGAUGGGGAGACAUCAGAUAAUGAAUCAUGUUAUCGGGAGCCUUGUGACUCUGAAUCCUCCAAGAUUUCAAUGUUUAAUGGAUUCAGAUGUGGCGUCGGAUCCGUAGCAAAUCUAAAAAAAAUUGCUUUCUUGAGAAUAUUCGGUGGUGCGAGAUCCGCAGCACAUGAAUGGCCUUGGCAAAGUAGUUGGCAACACAGAGAUUCACUGGAUUCAGAAUGGCAACAUUUUUGCGGUGCAACUCUUAUUCAUCCUAGAUGGGUAAUCACGGCAAGCCAUUGUACAGAAGAGUCGGAGUAUAUUGUAAAUCACAGAAAUCCAGGAAAGACAUGGGCAGUUGUUAUUGGUAUGGUCAAACUGUAUAAAGAUGGACAGAGAUAUUUUGUUGAUCGAAUUUUUGUUCAUCCAAAGUACGAAUAUAAAUCGGUAACAAAAAAUGACAUCGCACUUUUGAAAUUGCGAAAAAUGGUUCCUAUUACCAAGGAUGUGAUGCCAGCAUGUAUGCCGAGGAUGACAAAACCAGUUGUUGGCGAAAAAUGUUUUGUAACAGGAUGGGGCUAUACAAACCCGGGACCAGAUGCUCUACUUUCGCUAAGUUUACGCGAAGCUUCUGUACCAAUCAUGCAGUUUUCAAGAUGUCGUACGUUGGGGGAUUAUUACAGAUAUUUCUUAGAUUCAUCAAUGCACAUGUGUGCUGGAAAUCCUGUUACGGCAUCUUCGGAUUCGUGCACGGGAGAUUCUGGCGGUCCAUUAGUAUGUACCAAGAACAAAAGAUGGUAUCUUGCUGCUGUUACGUCAUUUGGAUUUGCAGACUGUGGAACACCGGGCCAUGUGGGAAUUUAUGCUCCAAUGUCAACUUAUGAAAAAUGGGUUCGAAGUACAAUCGAAGAUAAUACGUACGAGAAAUGUUAAAUAGGCAGCGUUUCUAUGCUAUUGCUGAGUGCCAAAUACUGAUUUAGUGUUACAUGCACUGUACCACUCCGCAUAAGAGAGUAGACUGCGGAUAUAUACACUUAAAUACCUAUUGGGGGUUGUCACUUAUUUUGGGUUGAACAGGAUGUCUUAUCCCCACACGCCCAAGUUUGUUCGGAGUGUGUAUCAGAGAAUGAAGAAUAUAAAUUUAUGUUUAUAAUGUAAAUAGCGGUUCCGUGUUUUGUGCUGUUACCUAUGUUGCUGAAAAAGAUAGUAACAGACCAGAAGGAAACAUGGGAGUAUUUACACUCAAACAAAUGACAAACAAUACUUUAUAAAAGGGAAAUCCAUUUUCCAAUAUGCGCAUUUAUUUUUGCAUCUUUUCUUUUACGCGAAUAAGCUUUAUGUUACUUUCAUCUUAAUUAAAUCUAUUCUUAAAUCUGUUAUUUGCUAUCUUUACGUAUGUCGGAAUCAGGAUGCUUUAGGAAAUAUGAUGUAUCGAUAUAUUUUAUUAAUUCUAUUUUUCAUACCUUGUUGUUUAUAUUUUGUUCCUUUCAAUCAUCGCAAUCAUGGUGUCUUCGAUUCGUAUUAAUAAAAUGAAAUCAAAACAACUGUUUAUAAAAACAA